AUGUUUCGUCGGCAGGAUGGAAACAGUUCCAAAACGCCACACCAGUACGGUAACGGUAACGAUUUUUCCACCGAAAUGCGCUAUGACACCACCGUGAUUCCGGAAUUCGAUAAAAGACCUGCUUUCAUUCACAUUCUACUACUGAACAAGACGAUACGCCUGUUUGUAGUGCUUGGUUUGGCCAGUGUCGUAAUACCUGCAUUUGCGUAUCUGUUUUUCUUCUCGAAGGAAAUUGGUCAUGGUAACAAGCGCGACAUCAUCGGUACAUGCGGUCAUCCGACACUCUACCACAUACCCUGCGGAUACCCACACAACCUGACACAGAGCGAGUGUCACUUGCUGGGUUGUUGCUAUACCAGUUUGGCCACGUGUUACCACUCAUUACCGUCGGAGCAUCAGUACAUCAUCGGGAGUGAUUGGACUACGGGCGAGCCAGCCAUUCUAACCCCACACAGGCCGAUAACUCCUUACGACAAGUCGGCCCUGCAGGAGGUUCGAUUCGAUGUCAGCGUUACGGAGGAUACUGGAGGAUGGUUCAGGUUCUUACUAUCGAAGAUGAAUGCAAACGAACAACCUCCACUGUCCACUAACACAUUGACGAAGCUAGAAACGGUCGAUCACCAGGUGCAAGUCUACAGUCCUACUUUCUUCAUUGAAGUGAAGCGCAAGAUUGAUCAGGAAGUGAUCUUUUCCACCGCGCGUGGUCCACUGGUGGUGACGGAUAACUUCAUAGAAUGGACGCUACAUCUAGGAGCAGACAUUUUGUUUGGCUUAGGUCGUGCCUAUCUGGAGCCCGGUACCAAACAUUUGUUAUUGAACAAUCAGAACACCUCCGCAGUGCCAAUCAUCAUGGGUUACAACUUGAAGCUGAAACUAUUCAAUGGACUAAUGUUCAACACGCCCGGACUUACGGAGGUGGAAAUUGUGGGAUCCCGUCUCAUCAUAGUACGAGCACAGCUUGGCGAGAGUUUCGAUCUUCAGUUUUUGCCCGGACCCACUCCCGCCAUGCUGUAUCGACAAUCGAAGGCCAUCCUGGAGAACCAGUAUACUCCACCCUUCUGGGCGUACGGAGUGCACGUGUGUGACCAGUCUGUGAAACGCAACCUUACUACGGUGCGUCAGAAUUUGGAGCUCCUGCUCAACGACACCGUCAUGUUUGAUUCACACUGUUUACACAACGAUAUGUUCUGGCUCUCCGACACGAUGACUAUCGACAAGGACGUCGAGUGGAUGUUGCAGCUGCUGAGAGACGCCGGCAAGAAGUUUGUCCCUUCGCUUGUACUCACUAUAGGAUACGGAGGAAAUCCAACCUUCAUUGAUGCGCGUGAAAAAGGCAUCCUGCUGCGUCACGCAGGGAAUCAACUUGCUUACCAAGGCCGUGUCAGAAACCGUACCGCUGUCUACGUGGACUGGCGAACGAGUCGCUUGGCCAAUCUCACCGAAUGGUUGGACUUGCAGUGGGAGAAGGUGGUCAACUUGGAGGCGGAUGGAUACGUGCUGGAGGAAGCUAGUCCACGGGAUGAACGGAACAAUUCGCUACCACGCCCAAAGCAGCUGAUUUAUCAACCGGAUGAGUUGAAUGCCACCUUGGCGGAUUUGUUGCCCUGGAAUACGUUGCUCUCGGACAGUCUGCAGCUAGCGCUUUCCCAACAUAACCUGAUCGGUGUCCAAGCACUCGAUGUCGUGCAGAAGAAGAUUGCUUCAUCGAAUGCUUUCGUUGUGACUGGAGCUUACGAUGUCCGUAGUCGGGCGGCAAUACUUCCUUCCAACAUCUCCUCCAGCUGGAUAUCGCUACGUAGUGAGGUCGACCGUUGCAUAGGUCUGUCGGUAGUAGGUGUCAGCUUCACCGGUACUCCGGUGUGUGGUAAUGCACCGCUUGCAGGAGUCAAUGUUUCCGAGGAGCUCUGCAUCCGGUGGUACCAGUUUGCCUCCCUAUUACCACUGUUUCGUGUUACAGCCGAUCGCACACCGAAUAAAUUCAGCCAAUUCGGACGACGCAUAAUGCAUGGCAUUAUUCGCAAACGUUUCUCGCUGCUCGACUAUAUGAACACCGUGCUGCUGGAGAACGCACCCUAUCUACGGCCAAUGUUUUACCACUACGAGGAAGCCUACAACUACACCAUGGAUCUGUGGGAACAAUUCAUGCUUGGCGAGGCACUGCUGGUAGCUCCCGUUCUAUUGCCCCAAAUGACGCAGAUAGCUAUCUACUUCCCGGACACGUUCUACGAGCUCUGGGGCGGUCAGAAGAUGCCGGGCAAUGAUGUACUGCAGUACGCGGUGGUUGAGUCCGAUUUGCCAAUGUUUUUGCGACCGGGAUUUAUCGUUCCGAUGCGCGAUAUCGUUGAAGAGUUGGCUGAUCUUGCCAACGGCACUUCGAUCCCUCUGACAGCGGAACUUUCCCGCCUGAAACCGCUUCAUCUGGUCGGUGCGUUUGAUUGUAACAUUCGUCGGUGGAAAUGUUCGAUGACGGGUCGCGUACUGUUGCAGCCUGGCUUCCGGCUGGACUUUGGUAUCGAUCUUGACGAUCGUGUCGCAAUAAGCGUCAAAGCGAAUGUCACCUCGCUCGAGGAAGCCCAGCAGGUUGCUUGUUCCGAAGGUGCUACGUUUAACGUUACCAUCGGCAGUGUGCAGGUUUAUGGCCAUCCAAACACAACUCAGACGCUGUCGUUUGAUUUUGGCUACGAUUUCUGCCAGCAGGAUAGCAAACGGAUGGAGUACGCCAACUUGUACCGCAAGGGACCGGAAGAUUCGUUUGGAAAUUCGUCCUAA